GGAAUUAGCGGCUUUUUAAUGACACUAUAGUCGGCAUAUGCGCUUUUAUCAUUUUUUUUUAACAGCAGACACCCAUAUACUUUAUCUUAAAUUUACACGAUGUCUACCAUAGAGAUGAACACUACUGGGACCGAGGGAGACCAGAGGAUGACAUCGUUGCCCCCCUCAGAAGAAGACACCCCUCCUGUUAUAAAUGACAUUUCAGCUCUUCUGAAUUUUGGCGAGCUCACACCUUCUCAGUUUGGUAUCUCUGUCCAGAGUUUCACCCCGGCAUCAUCAGACCGCAAAGAUAAGUCUCGUGUGGCACAAAUUAAGGCGAGGCGGAGGUCCAGUGUUGGUGUGCGGGGCUCCCCAGAGACAAACUCCCUCAUCCGCUUCAUGGCUCAACAGCGAAUGAAAACUCCGAAAUCCCAGCAAACUCCAGAGCUUGUCAAAAGCAGCCCCUUGCUUCCCCGGGUCGCCUCCACACUGAGGCAGAAGAUGGCUUCCUUCCAGUGCCUGAUGGAUGUGGAGGAGAGCGAGGUCUGUGAUCCGAUGCCAAGGCAGGACAACAACACUGGAGGAUGCAUCAAGACAAGAGAUUAUCUGUCUGAUGGAGAAAACCUCAAUGGAGGGAAAGAGAACCUCCCACCAAUGAUGACACCCACACCCAACAAGAGGAGGCGAGUCGGCCCCCUCGAAGGCUGCAAGAUUGAGAUUAGAGAGGCCAGAGCUCCUGUCCUCUUGAAUUUCAAGCAGCAGGAGGAGGAUGUAGACCCGGUGAAACAGGCUGUGACAAAAGGGCCACUGCCAUCAAGGGAGACUGUGCAAGAGGCCCAAGCUGUGCUUAUUUCUCCGCCCGUCCAAGCUGAGCCACUCGUGUUUCCUGAGCUUCAGGCCUGUUCAUCUACCAACAGCCAACAGGACGGUGUGUUUGAACUCCAAAGCCCCAGGCGGCCACCGUCUGAUGACCUUGCAGCAGCUUCACCAGCUAAGCCUGCUCUCCCAUUCCUCAUCCCCUCUCUCCCCUCUCUGCUGCAGAUGAAGCCCACAGGAGAGGAUGGUUCCUCUGCGACCUCCACCAUUAAGAAGAAGAAAAAGCAGGUGCGCUUUGGAGGUCCACUCUCCCCUGAGUUCUUUGAUAAAAACCUGCCCCCCAGCACGCCAUUACAGAAGGGGGCCACACCGGCCCGAGCUGCCACACCAGGCGGGAGCUUAAAGCUGCGCUCGCUGCUGAAGACACCACAGAAGAGUGAAUCCCAGUCCCUGCAUGCCCAGCCAGACUUCUGCAGCCCCACGGAGUUCGGUGCCUCCCCUACUCUUGCAAUGCCUCGCAACCGCAGAAUGCAGUGUGUGGGAGAAGACCGUGAGGAGGUGGAUGGAAAGAUCGUUUUCCCUUCAAUGGACGAGAUUGACUCCGCAGGGGCAACUGAUACAGAACCUAUUUGCGACACCCAGCCAUUGAAUUUGGACACUGCUUUCCACGAGGAGUCUCUUUGUGAGAUUCUGACAGAGUCUGUGAAUAAACCAAGCACAACUUCAAAGAUGGACACCCUGGAUGAACCCGUAUCUUUACCAGAGGAGGAGAAGCAACUUGAAGCAGAUAUCGAAGCGCCAGCCCCAAGCAGAUCUAGCAACCGAAGGAAAAAGUCUGAACCAAAGAGUGAAUCUGCCACUGAGGCUCCAGCUCGCUCCAGAAGUCGAAAGAGAAAGCAGCCAGAGGAGACUGAACCUGUGAAGAGGUCGACACGCACUGCUGCCAAGUCGGCCUCUGGGAAGAUGAAGAUGACUGCUACAGCAACACGCCGGUUCAACAAGGAGGUGAACCGCUCCUUGUAUGGCUCUCGGGAAUAUGCGUCCAAGGACCCCACCCUCAGCCCCAUUGCUGAGAGGCUGUCCUUCAUCAGCCAGUCUCUAACAGAACAGUUGACUGACGCUACCAGCUGCACAACCUCAAAUCAGGAGACAUACCUGACUAAUGAGGUGGGAGAAUCAGUCAAUCACCCUGUGACUGAAGUGGUGUUUGACACUCAAGAGAUGAGUGACAUCACUGUGACAAACGCCUCAGAAACUCCAUCAGAAGCCUCAAUCACAUCUGCUAAGUCCAGCAAAGAAAGCACCAAAGGAAAGGGGAGGAGGCUGUCAGGGCCGAGGGUCAGAGGAUUAAAGAGGAUGAAGGUCAGCAUGUCAGAAGAUGACCUGUUCAUCAAGGAGACUCAGGACCAGACGGGAGAGAAGAGAGACAAGCACUGUGAAGACAAAACCACUGCAAAUCUAGAGUCAACUGAAACCUCAUUAAAACAAACUGUACCUGAUCAGGAGGGAGUAGACACUGAAACACUUUAUGUCCAGACGUCUGCAGACACACCCUGUACAGACUCUGAUGGGAAACCAGAAUAUUAUGCUAGUCUAGAUGCACCCACCUCAGCCUGUCCACCUUUAUGUGAAGAAUCCAACAGUUUGAGUGUGCCAACAGAGCCGGCACAGAGUACAGACAAGCGAAACCGGGGGAGACCAAGAGGCAGGAGGAGUUCUGCAUACAGCUCAGUCCAACCAGAGCAGGGGAACCAUGCAGAGAAGCACCAAACGAGCCAUGAUGUGGAGGAGAAAGGAGAUGAAGCAGCGAGCCAGCAGGAAAACAACAACGGCUCAAACUCUGACAGCCAGGGAGAGUGGGAAGUAGCCAAUUUGGACCUGGCCCCUUGGCAGGUUGACUUUAAUUUUGAGGAUGUGUUCAAACCUGUCGCCACUAGAGGGAAUCGCUCGGUGCGGCGCAGCAUGAGGAACAAGGGCAAUGCAGAGAACAGCAUAGGUCUUGCCUGGCUGCCUCAGACCCCCCCUGAUUCCAUUAAAGAGGCCCGCAGGAGGACCCGCAGCCGCCGACUGUGUGCCGCCAUACCUGUUCAGCCUUCACUCCCAGAGGAGACUCAACACAACGCUUCAUGAGACUUGAAACUAAACACAUGGGACACUCUCUGCCCAUAAGUGGAACUAAGAUAAAUUAUUCCAUCACAUUGUCAUACAUUGUUUUUCUUAAAAUUAAACAGAACGAUUUUCUAAACUACAGCCUGAUUUAUGUUCGCCGAAAACAUUGAUGCUUUGUUCCCUGUGAAUUAUUAGAACUGACCAGUAAUCUGUAUCCAGUUUCUCUAACCAAACCAGUCAAUACACUGAGAGCCCAAUCAUCUCCGCUGACCACCUCCCAAUCAAUAUCCAACCACUCAGCUGGUAAUCACAGUGCCUCUUCAGUCUCACUCUCCAAAGUCACUGGAUUGAGCAUCUCCAAGUCAAUAUCUGUGUGUUUGUGGAUAGAUGAAGAGGCUGCGUCGCAUUCACCAUCUGUCAGACAAGGAUAGAGGUUACUGGAAUAAUGGAAUAGCAA